AUAGCAAUAUAUGUAUGUCUUUACGACGCCGACGAGUCAACUAAUUAAUAACUUCUGUUUUCUUCUUCUUCUUCUUCGCUUCGCUGUUUCUCUCCAUCCUUCCAGAGCUGAGCCAGAGAGAAACAGAGAGAUUCCAUAGUAUUGUCAUCAGAGGGCUGCUAAAUUGGGAGAAAUAAUGUCGGGAGGGGGCGGUACACAGAAGAGCUUGAGGAAAGCAUUGGGAGCGAUUAAGGACUCCACUACUGUUGGAUUAGCUAAAGUUAAUAGUGAUUACAAGGAAUUGGAUAUUGCCAUAGUUAGAGCUACAAACCAUGUAGAACGGCCAGCCAAGGAAAAACAUAUACGAGCUAUAUUUGCUGCGGUUUCAGCUACAAGACCACGGGCUGAUGUUGCAUACUGCAUCCAUGCUCUAUCCAGGCGUCUUGCAAAGACGCAUAAUUGGGCGGUUGCAAUGAAAACCUUAAUUGUUAUACACCGUGCUUUGAGGGAAGUGGACCCCUCAUUUCGUGAAGAACUCAUUAACUAUGGAAGAAGCAGGAGUCAUAUGCUCAACAUGGCUCAUUUUAAGGAUGAUUCAAGUCCAAAUGCUUGGGAUUAUUCUGCGUGGGUUCGCACCUAUGCGUUGUAUCUGGAGGAGAGGCUUGAAUGUUUCCGUGUCUUGAAGUAUGACGUUGAAACCGACCCCCCAGUAAGUUAUCUAUACAAUAUACUCUCCAAUCCAAUACUUCUGUUGUCAUUGCUGCUUCAUUGUGACACCAGAAGUAUAUGUAACUUUGGUUGUUGUCUGCAGAGAACUAGGGAUUUGGAUACAAUGGAUUUGCUUGAGCACUUGCCAGCUUUACAACAGCUCCUUUUCCGAGUUCUUGGUUGCCAGCCACAAGGAGCAGCAGUUUACAACUUCGUGAUCCAGUUAGCACUUUCAAUGGUCGCUGGGGAAAGCAUUAAAAUCUAUAAUGCUAUCAGCGAUGGUACAGUUAAUUUGGUUGACAAGUUCUUUGAGAUGCGAAGACACGAUGCUGUUCGUGCACUUGACAUUUAUAGAAGGGCUGGAUUACAGGGUGGGAGAUUGUCUGAAUUUUAUGAAAUAUGUAAAAGUCUUGAUCUUGGACGUGGGGAAAGAUUUAUUAAAAUUGAGCAGCCCCCACAGUCAUUCUUAACUGCCAUGGAGGAUUAUGUGAAAGAAGCUCCACGAGCUUCAUCAGUUUCCAAGGUUGCUGGUGAGAAAAUUGCUGCCCCGAAAGAGAUAUUAGCCAUAGAGUACAAGAAAACCGAAGAAGUGGAGGUUGAACCUGCAGCAUCUCCCCCUUCCCCUCCCCAAGAACCAAUUAAAGUGGAAGCCCCUGUUUCAGAACCACCGGAUCUAUUGGGUUUGAACGAUAUGAAUCCAGAUGCAUCAGAGUUGGAUGACAGAAAUGCGAUGGCUCUUGCCAUUGUUCCUGUUGCUGAUGCCUUAGCUCCUGCUGCUUCAGAUUUUGCUAAUGCAACUACAGGCUGGGAGUUGGCACUUGUCACUGCCCCAAGUUCAAAUGAAAGUGCUGCUGUCGCCAGCAAGCUGGCGGGUGGACUAGACUUGCUUACAUUGGACAGUCUGUACGACGAUGCAAUGCGGCGAAACACCCAAACCACAAGCUACAAUCCAUGGGAACAACAAGCACCUAUGGCAGGUUCCUUCAUGCAACCACAGGUAGCACACGACCCCUUUCUUGCCUCCAACAUGGUGGCUGCACCUGCUUCGGUACAGAUGGCAGCAAUGGCCCAACACCAACAGUCUUUCAUGUGGCAACAACAGCAACAGCAGCAGCAAGAAAUGAUGAUGAUGGGCCAGCAACAGCACCAGCCUUCAAAUCCUUUUGGCCCAUCAUAUGGGGUUGGCCUUCACCCUUACGGCUCAGGUAUGCCUAUCCAGACCUACAAUCCAAACGCCGGACUUAUAUAGAAUCUGUGGACAGUAGAAAUGACAAGAACAUUCUGUAUGGAAAUGAGCAGGGCCGGCCCCGACAUAAAGUGGCCAAAGUUUUUAGGCAAUAUAUUUUUAGGGGCAUCAUUUUUUUAUUUAUCUUUUCGUUAAGAUACAUUGGAUUAAUGAUGUAAGUUUUUAACAAAAAAAAAGUCAAAACCUUUUUAUAGGUGUAUUCAAUUUAUAGAUAAUCGAGAAUGUGUAUAAAUCCGUGGUAUUCAAACUAGAAUUAUAUGGGAAGGCGUUUUACCAACACUGUGUAUCUUUACUCUCUCUCUCUUCUCUGUGAAUCGGCAAUAAUGCAGUAUUAACUUAGCACUUCAUGAAUCUAUUCCUUUCUC